CACCGACAGCCACAGCGCCGCCUCCGCCUCUGCAGCUCCAGCGGCCGUCCGGACCGCAGAAGACACACAGACAGGCAGAGAGAGGCAGCAGAGGCGAGCAUGUCGUGGGUGCCGCCGGAUCUGGCGUCGCUGUGCCGACCGCACACGACCGUCUCCACGUGCCUGCCGCCCGCCUACAUGUUCCUGGCCGCCGUCGCCUACAUGCUGGGCCGCAGCAGGGACGACCCGGCGCAGCACGGCCACACCCAGGCGCCGCCCUACUUCACGCAGUACGCCGGGGGCGGCGGGGGCGGCAAGCAGCCCGAGGAGCGCUUCGACUUCAUCGUGGUGGGCGCCGGGUCGGCCGGCUGCGUGCUCGCCAACAGGCUCAGCGAGGUCAAGGAGUGGCGGGUGCUGCUGCUGGAGGCGGGCGUCGAGGAGCCGGAGGUGGCGGAGGUGCCGGCGAUGGCGCCGCUGCUGCAGAACAGCAACCUGGACUGGCGCUACCGCACGCAGCCGGACGGGCGGGCGUGCAAGGCGCGCCGCGGCCGCUCCUGCGGCUGGGCGCGCGGCAAGGUGAUGGGCGGCUCCUCCGCCAUCAACUACAUGAUCUACGCGCGCGGCCACCCCAGGGACUACGACGAGUGGGAGCAGAAGGGCAACGACGGCUGGGGCUACCAGAGCGUGCUGCCGUACUUCAAGAAGUCCGAGGACAACGAGGACGAGGAGAUCGUGAAGAAGAGCCCGGGCUUCCACGGGCGCGGCGGCUACCAGACGGUGGAGUGGUUCCCGUACCAGGACGAGAACGUGGCGCCGCUGAUCGAGGCGUGGCGCGAGCUGGGCUUCCCCGUCACCGACGUGAACGGCGCGCGCCAGCUGGGCGUGGCGCUGCUGCAGACGACGUCGCGCCACGGCCGCCGCCUCAGCACCAACGCCGCCUACGUGCGGCCGGUGCGCGCGCGCCGCCCCAACCUCACCGUGCUGACGCAGGCGCACGUCACGCGCCUGCUGCUCGACCCCGCCACCAAGAGCGCGCUCGGCGUCGAGUUCCUGCUGCAGGGCGCGCACGCGCUCUCCACGGUGCUCGCCGACAAGGAGGUGAUCCUGUCGGCUGGGGCCAUCAACUCGCCGAAGAUCCUGAUGCUGUCGGGCGUGGGGCCCAAGCAGCACCUGUCUGCGCUCGGCAUCCCCGUGCUGUCCGACCUGCCGGUGGGGCGCAACCUGCAGGACCACGUGACCACGGACGGGCUGGUGCUCGUCGUGCCGCGCACCAACACCUCGGCCUCGGGCAACAAGCAGCGCGUCGCCGACAUCCGCAGGCACCGGCACCACGGCGACGGACCGCUCGCCUCCACCGGGCCCCUCCAGGUGGGGGUGUUCGCGCAGUCGCAGUUCGAGGAGGAGCACGACCGGCCCGACCUGCAGUACUCGUUCGACGCGGCCAACGUGGCGGACCUGCUGCGCGACCCGGCCGAGGCGCUCGAGACCAACGUGGAGCCGCUGGCCUACUACGACGGCGUGACGGUGCGGCCCAUCCUGCUGGCGCCGCGCUCCCGGGGCGCCGUGCUGCUCAACCAGUCGGAGCCCGUGUGGGGCGCGCCCGAGGUCCACUCCGGCUACUUCAGCGAGUCGCCCGACCUCGACAUCCUGGUGGCCGGCAUGCAGCUGGGGUCGCGGAUGGCCGAGACGAAGGCGAUGCAGCACAUCGGGGCGUACGUGCUGGGCAACCCGAUGCCCGCGUGCGCGGACCGGGCCUUCGGCUCGGACCAGUACUGGCGGUGCGUGAUCCGCCACUACACGGCCACCAUCUUCCACCCGGUGGGCACGUGCGCCAUGGGCCCCCACUGGGACCGCAACGCCGUCGUGGACCCGCGCCUGCGCGUCUACGGCGUGCACCGGCUGCGCGUCGUCGACGCCUCCGUCAUGCCGACCAUCGUGCGCGGCAACACGAACGCGCCCGUCAUCAUGAUCGCCGAGAAGGCCGCCGACAUGGUCAAGCACGACUGGCUGUCCUAGGCCCUGCGGGGGCGGCAGGGCGCCCGCACUCCGCCCUUCGUCUGGGUGGCGUUCGUCUCUGGCACACGUCAUUUACAACGAAUGAACGUUAUCCCGUCCGAACUCCUUGUGAUAUUCACUCGUACAGGACACAUAUAAAGUCUACAGAUAAACAUUCCAUCGUUUUUUCAAGGAUGUUUGCGAGGGGUCUGAUAUAAGGAACAGUGCUCUACAAAGUUGUGUUACCAACGAUCGUGGCGUCGUUGUGCCUGACAUCAGAUGUCUCCGGAACCACUGAACAAGGAUCUUCAUCGUAAGCAUUACUUUCGUCAUCCAUUGUCCACAGACCCCAUAAUCUACUAGCCGCCCGAACUAGAUGCAUCUCCCUCCGUUUGUCUCGAACCUACUCCUUCCAGUCUGCUGAUACAAUCAACGUGGUUAGGUAGCUUCCCAGUUCGCUCUGUCUAUGCAGUGUUGGUCUGCCAAGGGAAAGAAUUUUCUGUGGUUUAAUCUUUCACUAUCACCAUACGAAUAUAUCUACUUCCCGUUCAAGGUUUUUGAAAUACUAUGUUUGUUGAUCUCUCCUCCAUCUUCAAGGCUCGAAGGACUGCUUCCAAAAUAUUUUUGGUACACGUGGUGCUCUACAGACCGAAUAAAUUCGAUUAACAUUGAUUUCCUCCCAUAUUCACGUUUCACUCUUCUGCUUUACAAUGUUUCCCCACACUAGAUUCGAUCAUUACAUCCAAAUAGGCGUCUUUUUGUCUAACAUGGUUUUUGAAGCCCUGUUUUUGGAAAAAAAUCUUCUUCAAUGUUCCUCCUGAUUUCGCACAUAUCAUUCCACUCGCUAUGGACGGCACUUUUUAAAAUGCCUGAAAGUAGCACAUAUCGUUUUUAUACGUGGUGCUUUGCAGCUUGGGCAAUUUCUUUCCAAAUGGCAACUUUCAUAUUAUCCGACAUUCUAACUAUUCAUUACGUUUUGUCUACCGCGAUACCAUAUACUGGAAUACAAAACCAGAAAUGCAAAAACUAAUAACGUGAGUAAUGCAACAACUUAUAUGGAGACAUGUAGCCUUUUGUUAGCCUUUCCCGCGUUACCUGUUUUUCCUAUAAGCAGAUGAUUCUUUAAAGUAGCUGUUCAAAAUUCCAACUGCUGUGUUAACGACACAUUGAACAGUGAGUCACGGACAUCUUAGCAUCCUACGAAAAUGCGGUGACAUUACUAGAAAUCACGUCCGUCUGGGUUUGAAAUGACGUUUCGUACCCUGUCACCUUCCCGUGACACCAAGAAAGAAGAAAGAUCAUCGCCGUCACACGUGACGAUUUUCGUCGUAGUGAAAUACAACAACAAACCAAGCCACUGUCGCCCACACUGUAUAUCACCGUAGCUCCUAACUUCUUCAAUCCGUGUGAAAUAAAAAGCAAAUUAUUUAAGCAAAAAUCGCAAAAAAUCUCUCUAGUAAAUGCAGAAAACUUCCAUGGAAUGUAUUUCAGACGUCUUUGCGGAGACCCUGGCAAAAUCCAGUAACUAGGUAAUGAGCUAUUCCUUAUAUCACUGUACCCAGCAAACACCCUCGAAACGACCACAGCAUGGCUGUGGAUAGAAAUUGUAUCCGACCUGUAUAAUAUAAUUAUUUUUAAUAAUUUUGUUUCUGAUAAUUGUUCUGAAUAAUUCUUAAAAAUAUGAACAAACAUACGUUUGACGUGCCCACAGAUUUUCUGUCAUCUAACUACGGUUCCAGACACUAGCCGUUCCACGGGGUGGAACGAAUGCUGUGCUAACUUGCCUUUUAAGUGUCACGAAUACCGUAUCGUAUGUGCAUCACACGCUCGCAACGCAGUCUGUGGAAAUACAUAUUUCUCUUUCUACACGGGAACUAAUAUCUCGGUUUCUUCACUUUAUGAUAGAAGUAACUGUGUUUCUCAGUAGCUGAAUCUAUAAAAUGUGUAUCAGCUCUCAGCUUCUGAUUCAAUAUAUCCAAAUUACAGAAAUACAUUUUUAGGCUUCCGGUUAGCUUUUCCGUAGGUAAAAGGAAACAAUUUCUAUCGUCGCUGAAAUACGCCGCCUGUUAAAUUUUCUACACUUCAUCGUACGACUAACCACUCAUUUUCUUCCCGUGCUGUUACAGAAAUGAAAUAUUUUCUCAUACGCCACGUUCUCUUUGUCCUUGUGUACUGUGUGUUACACCUUAUCUAGGCUUAUAAAAUCGUACAACCAUUUACCAAUCUGUGAAAUUCUUAUGCCGGAUAUAGGCUUCAUAAAGGUUCGGAAAUUACGAAAUACGUAAUAACAUGGUUAAUUCAUCCCACAGGUUUCUUCCCUCACACGGCUUGCAGUACUACGUCCGUUAGCCUACGACAGACACUCUCAUAGUGAAUUCAGGAACCAUAACGAAAUCUUUAUCUGUGGUGAGCGACACAGCUAACAACAGAUGAAGGUUUCACCACGAAACUAACGAGCUGACUACAAGAAAAUGUUACUUCCACCUGAAUUUUACAACCAUCUGUUCCCUUAACUUAUUUUGCUACCUUUGUGUCAGUCCUACAGAAACAAUGAAGAGAUGAUACGAACGUGAACCUCUAGUCAACCGUGUCCUCGCACGAAAUGCUCUUUUGCACAAAAUAAAAAGCAUGCAACGAAAGAGCUGUGAGAAAGUGGUAACAUACAAUAUUCUUCAUUUCCUGUUUGUCCACACACUGUAUGACGUAAAAAUUAUGGCAGUGAAUAUUUUACUCAUGAUACCAGCUACCUCGAAAGGUAAUUUCAUUUGUAUGUACAUUUAUGCAGUACUCCGUCAAUGAACUUAGCUACAGUUUUGUGUCCCACAACGCAUCUUAUGUCUGCAUAUAUUCCACAUUCCGGGUGAAAAAUUUUAGAUCCUGUCAAGAUAAUCCUCAAAUAUUCGAGUUAUAUGCGUCAGUGGUGAUUUCUAAAUAGUGCUCAAAUGAAGAGCUUUGUAGAGGAUAUGUAUUAGAAUCCCAAGACACAACUGUUUACGAUGUUUUUUGAGAUUUCAGUUACCAAUUUCCCACACGAUAGUAUAAGGAUGGCGCUGUGUGUGUAUUUAAUGUAUCCCCAUGUUUAGCAUGCAAGUGCCAUAGGAGCCUCCCCACCUAAAUUUUCCUGGCGCUGACAGGAAACGGACGAAGAUGAAGUAGUAUUCAAAUUGUUCUUGUGUAAGAGUAAGUUGUAGUUAAGGAUAUCUUGUUGCGCACAGCGAGCUGCACUUCGGCUCAAUGUCUUUGCCAGGCCGGUAUUCUGAAACACAGCCCACCACAGUGGCAUAUCAUUCAGAGGAUAAACCAAUUUAUCCACACCAUUGUCGAUAAAAAAGAACGCUUCUUAUACGCUAAAGCAGCAACAGUGUUGUCGUGUUAUCGACAUGGAUAUGCAUCAGUUUGUUUGUUUACCUGAUGUAUCAGAUGCCACUGAUGAUGGGGUGUGUCUCCAAGUAUAAGUCUUGGAAAUAAAUGCCACUGGACUGCAGCAUAUGGUGUACAACAAGAUA